AUGGCCUCUCCUGUUAGACCGCCUCGAUCAAGCAUAUUUCUUAAGAUAAUGCCUGCUUUUCUGCUAAUUUUAUUUACGCUGUUGUUUUUCCGGAGGUCAACUUCCAACGUUUACCCGGAUGACAGCGUGAUGUGUCACCACAAGCCAUCCUUGACAGCAACAGUCUUCGUUACGGGAUCACGGUGUUUCACUGGUCGGUCAGUGAGUUACUACUCAAAUUAUUCAUGCUGUGCAUCGUUCCAACCAAAACUGACUCAAUUUGGAGAUGUCGAAAUAAACCCUGACCCACCACUACAAACAAACUCGAAGAUUUUUAGUGGAAACACGGAUCAAAACACAGAGGUGACUCAAAUGUUCAAAUCUGCUAUUGACGCUCAAUUUAUCCGCAUCAGUCCAGUCAGUUGGUAUAGAAAUCCCGCUCUAAGAAUUGAGAUUCUUGGUCCAUGUCAAGAUAAUGAAGUGCCAAAUUUGAUCUGUCCUCAUGACACCAGUGAAACCACAGAUCCAGGCAAGUCAAAUUCAUCAGCAACCUGGAAUGAUCCGACAGUCACUGACAAUGUUGAUUCUAAUCUAACAGUCACUUGUUCUUCUGCAUCUGGUUCAUCGUUUGAUGCUGGUUCAACAAUAGUAAAUUGUUCUGCUACUGAUAAUGCUGGAAACACAGACAGCUGUACAUUUAACGUUACAAUCAAAGAUAUUGAAGUUCCAAAAGUGAUCUGCCCUGAUGACAUCAAUCAAGCUACAGAUCAAGGCCAGUCAACAUCAUCAGCAACCUGGAAUGACCCAGAAGUCACCGACAAUGUUGAUUCUAGUUUGUCAGUUACUUGUUCUCCUAUAUCUGGUUUAUCGUUUAGUGUUGGUUCAACUCCAGUUAUAUGUUCUGCUAAAGAUACUGCUGGAAACACAGGCAGCUGUACAUUUAAUGUUACAGUCAAAGAUGAAGAAAUUCCAAAUGUGAUCUGCCCUUUUGACAUCAGUAAAUUCAUAAUUGAAGGCCAGUCAACAUCAACAGCAACCUGGCGUGAACCAAUGGUCAUCGACAAUUUUGAUUUUAGUCUGUCAGCCAAUUGUUCUCAUGCAUCCGGUGCAUCGUUUAGUGUUGGUUCAACUACAGUUAAUUGUUCUGUUGAAGAUAGUGCUGGGAACACAGGCAGCUGUACAUUUAAUGUUGAAGUUAUAGAUAUUGAUAUUCCGAGUGUUACUUGUCCUGAUGACAUCAGUCAAACCACAAUUCAAGGCCAGUCAACAUCAGCAGCAACCUGGAAUGAGCCGAUAGUCACCGACAAUGUUGAUUCUUCUCUGUCAGCGAAUUGUUCUCGUGCUUCUGGUUCUUAUUUUAGAGUUGGUACAACUGCCGUUACUUGUUCUGCUACAGAUACUGCUGGAAAAACAGGCAGCUGUACAUUUAACAUUGAAGUCAAAGAUACUGAAGUUCCGAAUGUGACCUGCCCUGAUGAUAUGAGUCAAGCCACAGAUCAAGGCCAGUCAACAUCAUCAGCAACAUGGAAUGACCUUACAGUCACCGACAAUGUUGAUUCUAUUUUGUCAGUUACUUGUUCUCCUGUAUCUGGUUUACCGUUUAGUGUUGGUUCAACUCCAGUUAUAUGUUCUGCUAGAGAUACUGCUGGAAACACAGGCAGCUGUACAUUUAAUGUUAUAGUCAAAGAUGAAGACAUUCCAGAUGUGAUCUGCCCUUCUGACAUCAGUAAAUUCACAGAUGAAGGCCAGUCAACAUCAUUAGCAGCCUGGCAUGAACCAACAGUUAUCGACAAUGUUGAUGUUAGUCUGUCAGCCACUUGUUCUCGUGCAAAUGGUUCAUCGUUUAGUGUUGGUUUCACUACAGUUAAAUGUUCUGCUGAAGAUACUGCUGGGAACACAGGCAGCUGUUCAUUUAAUGUUGAAGUUAUAGAUAUUGAAAUUCCGACCGUGACCUGUCCUAAUUACGUCAGUCAAACUGCAGUUCAAGGUCAGUCAACACCAUCAGCAACCUGGAAUGAGCCGAUAGUCACCGACAAUGUUGAUUCUUCUCUGUCAGCCAAUUGUUCUCGUGCUUCUGGUUCUUAUUUUAGAGUUGGUACAACUGCCGUUACUUGUUCUGCUACAGAUACUGCUGGAAAUACAGGCGGCUGUACAUUUAAUGUUGAAGUCAAAGCUGUUAACCAAAUCACUGGCAGAUUUACAAUUGUUAAAAUUGGUCCUGAUAUAGCUACUUUCACAGCGGAUUAUGACGACCCUACAUCAAAUGCAUAUCAGGAGCUAGCUCUGAUGAUACUCCAAGCGCUGACAGCUAUUUUUGGAUCUGCACCUGGAUUUCUUGACAUUCAAAUUCUAAAUUUGGAUCCAGGAAGUAUUAUUGUGGAUUAUUAUGUUGAAUUAAAAUCAACUGGUGCUACAGCAUCAGAUUUGGAUUUAUUGUUUGUUCAGAAUGUCAACAGUGAAGGAAAGUUAAAUGGUUCGAUGCUUGAUCUUAAUCCAGAAAGUAUCCAAAAGUUUUAUGAAAUUUGUCCAGAAGAUUACUGUAAUAAUGGAGGAAUGUGUUCUAUGGAUAUGAAUAAUUUUAAAAGCUCUUGCACGUAAGAUGAACAAAGUUUUAUUCAUUUCAAAAAUACCGCACACACAAUUGUAAUUUUUGAGAAUGAAAUAAGAAUAUCAGCCGGGAAUCGAACCCGGGACCUUUAGCACCAAGUAGACCAUGGAGGCUUUUGUUUAUUGAUUCAAUCUGGUAGCCACUUUAAUGGGUUUCACAUAGAACUAUGGUUCAUCCACAUCAUCUUGCUAAAAUUUUCUAUAUGAACGCUAAAUUAUUCCUUGAUAAGGAAAUAAUUAGACUACAGUCAUCUAGAUGUAUUUUCUUGACUAACUUCUUUAAUCCAGUGGUUGAGCCACUUGGUAAUGCAGAAAGUAGCCCAGCGGGAGGCCAGCAUCCAUAUA